GUUUCAGAACUACGAGAAGCAUUUAUGCUGUUUGAUUACAACAAGAGUGGCAAGAUUGCUUCACGGGAUGUGGGACCUGUCAUACGGUCUGUCGGAUUGAAACCAUCCGAGGCGGAAGUUCAAGAAAUUGCUCAAGAAAUUAGUCAAACAGGAGGUGAAGUUGACUUAUCAACGCUGAUUCAACUAAUUUCUAAAAUUGUUUCAAACCCACCAACCGAGAAAUCGGAUGAACUUUGUGAAGUGUUCAAAUCUUAUGACAAGGAAAACAAUGGUCAGCUGUCUAUAGCUGAAGUGAAACAUUUACUCACAAGUGUUGGUGAAAAAUUGACAGAUGAUGAAGCUGAUGAAUUACUGAAAAUGACUGGCUGCGUACAUAACGGCAAAGUUAAUUAUGAAAGUAAGCUCUCUUUUCAUUUAAUUCUUAUCAUUCAAGAAGAAUUUUAG